GGAACAACGAGACGGCAGGGGAUCGUACCAGGCGCUGGAGCUGCCCAUGGGUGCGCGCGAGUGCGCGGGACGGCAGAUGGAAAGGUGGGCGAGCCUGUGCUCGGUGCUGAGCGGAGUCUUCGUCAUGCAAAGCCGUGGGUGAGACGCCCCGCGCUGCCUAACUGGCAGCAGCUUGGAGCUUGGCGAGAGAGCUCCGACGCCCGCCUGCUCCAUCCAAGCGACUGCCACUGCGCCGAUCCACGCGUGCACGCAACUCGCCUGCCGCCGCAAUGCCGCCCAAGUCGAUCCUCAAGAAGACGCCCGCCGCGACGAGCACCCAGGGCCAGGCUGCCGUUGCCGCCAACGCCCCGCCGCCCGCGCGCGCCGUCAACCAGCGCCACCUCAGCACUGCCGUCCACCAUGCGCGCAUCUACGAGCAGCGCAAGCAGGCCGAGACGGCCAUUCUGGACGCCGUCUUCGAGCUCAUGGACUUCCCCACGUCGCCUGAUGCCGACCCCACCCGCCCGUCGCCCUCUGACGCGCACCGCUUUCGCCAGGCCAUCGUGCCCUUUCAACCUUCCGACUACGAUGGCCUGAUCGAGGAGCGCAACAUCGCCGACAAGUGCGGAUACACGCUGUGUCCGCGGCCCAAGGGGAAGGCGCCAUCUGCCGCGAAGAAGCACUUUGUCGAGACGUCCAAAGGCGUGCAGAUUGUGGACAGGAAGAAGCUGGAGAUGUGGUGCUCGGACGACUGCGCGCGGCGGGCCCUCUUCGUCAAGGUCCAGCUGAACGAAGAGCCCGCGUGGCUGCGACAAGGCGACUUCGGGACUGAGAUUGAGCUCAUGGUGGACAACACCGAGGACCACCACAAAGCACUGCCGCUGCGGCUCAAGAAGGCAGCGGCGCCAGCGCCAAAAGACACCGAGGAAGAGGAUGCCGCGGCAGCGUGGGCGGCGCGCGACGAUGCGCUUGCAGACCUCGCCAUCGAGCGCGGCGAGACGCCAGGCCGGCUGAGCAAAGUCAACAAGGACCUCAUCACCGACAAGAUCAAGGAGCGGGUGGCCAGGUUCCAGCCGACGCCGCCUUCGUUACCCCCGGGACAGUCGCACAUGGCCAUCGAAGGCCAUGUGCCCAAAUCUGCACGGGAAGCAGAGCGUAAGGACAGCGACGAUGAAGACGACGAGCAGGACUGGGACAAGGCUUUACCGGGGUGAAGCACGGGCUCAACGACACGAUCAAGAAUAUACGCCACCGAGGAGAGCUCAGAGGAAGCGCGCGCAAUCACCGAAGACUGCACACCAUAAGCGCCAUGUGUCUGGCUCAAACGAUCAUGGGACCAAGUAUCACAUAGAACUGCAAAGCGCCCAGAAUUUAUAGAGCGGACGUGCUUGCACGGACUGGUCAAGGAAGGAAGGAAUCUUUAGGGAGUAGACAAGGAAAUCACCCGUGAGCCGUGAUGCACCGGCCUAUGGUGCAGUAGAGCACGUAUGUAUUUGAACGUAUGAUCAUAUAUAAUCUACA